AUGGGUGGCAACUGGUACACCCCGAGCGCUUGGUACGGCGUCAAAUACUCCCACUAUCAGGUGCUAGAGUUCCUCCGCGCUCAAGCCCUCACUGCCGUCACUGGCGAGGACAACCAGACAAGCGAGGAAGAGUAUGUCAAUGAUGAAGAGAAGGAAGAUGCAAAGUGCGCCAGCGACAACAAAGAGGAGGAAGAGGACACUGAUGACAUGGAUGGAAGGUUCUGGGAAUUGGCGCUUGCACUUGAACCCAGUCUUGUGCCAGAUUGCUCCGUUGGCUGCAAGGCCCAUGAAGCCUACUUGAGAUGUGAGCACCACAGCCAUAAGGACAGCCUCUUCUACAUCAUCAGACUAGAACUGGAGGAAAGCAACCUGACAGCUGCCAACUUGGCUAGUCUGGACACCAAUCUCAAGCCAAGACUUGCACAGCUCAUUGCUCAUCUUGACACUUUAGUGGGAAAGCCCGACAGCGUCAUCACACCCUCUGUUCAUAUGGGCGUUUAG